UGCAGGAAGAGCAGAAACCCGAUCUCCCUGCAUUUCAGAGUAGGGCUGCUGCAUCUCAGAGGAUGGGCCCAAUGUAACACCUUCAGGUUUACUUGUGCUUUAGUGAGAAUUCGCCAACUCUCUGUCGUUUUAUAUAAUGAUUGCACCCCUGCUCAUUGCUCACCCAGACCACCCUUGACAGUCCAGUGUAGGUCGCCUAUGACGCCCGAGACCCCACGUUGGCGACCAUGACCACUUCCUUGCAAGAUGGGCAGAGCGCCGCGGGCAGGGCGGCCGCCCAGGACUCGCCGCUGGCCGCCCAGGUGCGCGGAGCUGCCCAGGGGAGGGGCGACGCCCAGGACCCGGCGCCCGCGGCGUGGCUGCCCGCGCGGGCGCUCCUGCCCCCUCCGGACGGGACCCGCGGCUCCGCCGCAGACAGGAGAAAAAAGAAAGAUCUUGAUGUUCUGGAACUGCCAUCUAUUCCAAACCCUUUUCCUGAGUUGUGCUGUUCUCCAUUUACAUCAGUGUUGACAGCAGGCCUGUUUCCCAAAUCAAAUUCAAAGAAAAAGCAGGUUAUUAAGAUAUACAGUGAGGAUGAAACUAGCCGGGCUUUGGAGGUUCCCAGUGACAUAACUGCCCGAGAUGUCUGCCAGCUCUUGAUUCUGAAGAACCAUUAUGUUGAUGACCACAGCUGGACCCUGUUUGAACACCUGCCUCAUAUAGGUGUAGAAAGAGCAAUAGAAGACCAUGAGCUGGUGGUUGAAGUGGUAUCUACCUGGGGAAUGGGAGAGGAAAAUAAGCUAUACUUUAGAAAAAAUUAUGCCAAAUAUGAAUUCUUCAAGAACCCAAUGUACUUUUUUCCAGAGCACAUGGUGUCCUUUGCAACUGAAACCAAUGGAGAAAUAUCCCCUCCACAAAUUGUGCAGAUGUUUCUAAGUUCAAGUACAUAUCCUGAAAUUCAUGGCUUCUUACAUGCAAAAGAACAGGGAAAGAAGUCCUGGAAAAAAAUUUACUUCCUCUUAAGAAGAUCUGGCUUGUAUUUUUCUACUAAAGGGACAUCAAAGGAACCACGGCACUUGCAGUUUUUCAGCGAAUUUGGCACUAGUGAUAUCUAUGUGUCAGUGGCAGGCAAAAAAAAACAUGGAGCUCCGACACCCUAUGGCUUCUGCUUUAAGCCUAACAAAGCAGGAGGGCCCCGAGACCUGAAAAUGUUCUGUGCGGAAGAAGAACAGACUAGGAUGUGCUGGGUGACUGCCCUUAGAUUGCUUAAGUAUGGCAUGCAGCUGUACCAGAAUUACAUGCACCCAUACCAAGGUAGAAGUGGAUGCACUCCUCAGAGUAUCUCACCUAUGAGAAGCAUAUCAGAGAAUUCCCUGGUAGCCAUGGACUUCUCAGGUCAGAAAAGCAGAGUGAUAGAAAAUCCCACUGAAGCCCUUUCUGUGGCAGUUGAGGAAGGACUUGCGUGGAGGAAGAAAGGAUGCUUACGCUUAGGCAAUCACGGCAGCCCCACGGCCUCCUCACACAGCUCUGCCACGAGCCUGGCGAUCCAUCGGUCCCAGCCAUGGUUUCACCACAGAAUCUCUAGGGAUGAAGCUCAGAGACUGAUUACUCAGCAAGGGCCUGUGGAUGGAGUUUUCUUGGUACGGGAUAGCCAGAGUAACCCAAAAACUUUUGUACUGUCAAUGAGUCAUGGACAAAAAGUAAAGCACUUUCAAAUUAUACCAGUGGAGGAUGACGGUGCCCUGUUCCACACGCUUGAUGAUGGCCACACCAGGUUCACGGAUCUCAUCCAGCUGGUAGAAUUCUAUCAGCUCAACAAGGGCGUUCUUCCUUGCAAGUUGAAACAUUACUGUUCUAGGAUUGCUCUUUAGCCAAAACAGCAGUGACUUAACUAUUGAAGAAAAAUGAUUCAAGGAGG